CUUAGUCGAACAGCCGGACAGUCGAGCUAGGCAUUUGGUGCGGUAAUGUUCGGUCUGUUCGUGUUCGUUUCGUCGCGUUGCGUAAUCGGUUGAAAGAGGAGGAAGCGGAACGCAGGGGAACGCAUAUCGAAGUCGUAGAGGCGAAUUCGACCGUGCCUCUCGCUACCGUAAACGUAACGACACUGCCUGCCGCAGAUCAAGAGAUAUGUCGCAGAGUGGAGGCAAACAUUGCUAACAUUGUGAAUGACACGACUGGAUUUUCCGCCAACGGAUCGAUAACGAACGACGAGAAAUUUGACUCGGUUAAAAUGUCGUCGGCGAUCAAAUCCAGCGGCACGCCGGGCAUCACUCCGCUUCUGCCUGUGCUACGCCAUUGCAAAUAUGAGCACUUCGUCGCUGGUAUAUCAGGCGGUGUGGUUUCCACGCUGAUGUUGCAUCCUCUGGACCUAAUCAAGACCAGGUUCGCAGUUAGCGAUGGCCAUUCACGCGUGGGUCCACAAUAUAGUAGCCUUAAAAGCGCAGUGGUACAAAUUGUUAGGAGUGAAGGAGUCAAAGGACUCUAUAGAGGGGUAACACCAAACGUUCUAGGAUCUGGUGGUGCAUGGGGUUUAUACUUCUUUUUCUACAAUAGCAUUAAAGCAUGGAUCCAAGGAGGAAAUAGCAAGAAGCCAUUGGGGCCCUCACUGCACAUGUUUGCUGCUGCAGAUGCUGGAAUUCUUACUUUAAUUGUGACAAAUCCACUUUGGGUGGUGAAGACACGUUUAUGUUUGCAGUAUAUGGACGAUAAACAUCUUCCAGAAACGCUUAAAUAUAAAGGCACGGUAGAUGCAAUUAGAAAGAUUUAUAGAACUGAAGGAUUUAGAGGCUUGUAUCGAGGUUUUGUACCUGGAAUGUUUGGUGUAUCGCAUGGUGCUAUUCAAUUUAUGGUGUACGAAGAGCUGAAAAAUUGGUACAACAAUUAUUUGAAUGCACCAAUUGAUACUAGGCUGAAUACGUUUGAAUAUAUCUUCUUCGCGGCGAUUUCAAAAUUGAUUGCCGCGGCCUCGACUUAUCCUUAUCAAGUUGUUAGAGCACGCCUUCAAGAUCAUCACCACAACUAUAAUGGCAGUAUACAUUGCGUUCAAUCGAUAUGGAGGUAUGAAGGGUGGCGAGGAUUUUACAAGGGUCUAAGUGCGAACCUGACCAGGGUGACUCCAGCCACUGUGAUCACGUUCGUGGUGUACGAAAACGUGUCUCACUAUCUGCGUGAAAGGAUGGAUCAAGAACGAGCUUUGCCAAUUUUGAUCAAGAAUAUAGAAGAGAAUACUAAAAUUUAGAAAUUGUACUGCGAGAGAAAUCGUGAAAAAAAAAAUUUAUUUGCUAAAAUAGUCGAUAUGGAUGCGAUUAUGACGUGUGAAAAUUUUUAUUCAAAUUAUAAUAAUGCAGAAUGGAAUGCAUUUAAUCAAUUUGUAAGCAAAAAUGUAUUUUUUUAGGGAAUUCAUUUUGAUAUCUAUGAAAUUUUGGCUAAAUUUUGGUUUUUCAGCGCAUCAUUCUAUACAUGCAUGUUCAUGAAUUUGUGAUGUUGAGUAUCACUGUCCACUGUUAUUGCGAAUACUAAUUGUGAAUAUAGUGACAAGAUUUCUUAAUGCUAAUCAAGUACUUUUACUCGUCUUAUGAAACUCUGAACGUCGUUAUAAUGAGAUUACUAUUAUUAUUACAAAUUGCAUACGCACAUAUCUUUUCAUUCACGAAACUUUUAUUUAAAACAUAUUCCGAUAAUUCGGAAUGAAUUAGCUUCCAUGAUAGUUUUUUCCUAUUGUUAAUUAUUAAGUAAUCUUAAGUAUUCUUAUUUUACUGUUUCAUUGUUGGAAGAACAAUGGGCAUUUUUACGUAAAUACGAUUUCAGCUCCGUAUAGACAAAAAUGUGUGGUACUCUAUUAUUGUUAGUGAUUUCCAAUGUACAAUAAAACAAUAUAGAACCGUAUAAAGUUAUAAAA